GCGCCACCUCUCCACGCUCGCGGACCUGAAGACCAAGCGCGAGCUCCAAGUACAAUAACAUCUCUGAGGAGAAGGAAAAAUAUAUAAACAAAACUUAAACAAUACAGUGUUUUUUUUCUACUUAUUUUUUUUUUUUUGGUCAUUUUUUAAGUUCUUAUUAAAAUAAAAGUGAUCAUUUGUCGCCCCAGAAAUCAAGAAAGCUCAAAUUUAAGGUUAUUUUUGUACAAAAGGCUUCAGCGAGGAAACAAAACAGACAAAAUGGACAAAAAUGAUGAAGUGAAGAAGGAGGAAAGACAAGACAGUCCAAACGGAGACUUAAGUGAGGAAAAGAAGGGAAAUAAAAAAGAGAAACCUCCCCCAGAACCAAUGGUGGGACCGUUGGAAAUAUUUCGCUUUGCUGAUAGUCUGGAUAUUUUUCUGAUGUUGGUUGGAACCAUCAUGGCCAUGGCUAAUGGAGCGGUGCUUCCUGCUAUGGUUAUUGUAUUUGGAGACAUGACGAACAGCUUUGUGGACAACAGUAUUUUAGACGGCCUAAACGGUACUCUUCCAGAAAACUUCACCUGGCCAAUUUCAAAUGAAACUCUUGGUGAACAGAUGACAAGGCAUGCCAUUUACUACAGCAUCAUGGGAGGUAUAGUCCUUUUUGCAGCCUACAUGCAGGUGGCCUUCUGGACUCUGGCUGCAGGACGACAAGUGAAGAGGCUCAGAAAGCUGUUCUUUCACUCCAUCAUCAAACAGGACAUUGGCUGGUUUGACGUCAACGAGACAGGACAGCUCAAUACACGGCUCGCAGAUGACAUCUUAAAGAUAAAUGAAGGUAUUGGAGACAAGCUGGGCACAUUACUUCAGUCCAUCACUACCUUUUUAUCGGGCUUCAUCAUUGGCUUUAUCAAAGGCUGGAAGCUCACCCUUGUCAUCAUCUCCAUAAGUCCCCUACUAGGCAUCUCGGCUGCUGUCAUUACCAAGGUAAUGACCUCAUUCACUUCGAGGGAACAGACAUCAUACGCGAAAGCUGGUGCUGUAGCCGAAGAGGUGCUCUCUUCCAUCAGAACUGUAUUUGCCUUUGGAGGACAGAAAAAAGAAUUAAAGAGGUAUCAGAAAAAUCUGGAAGAUGCCAAGAAUGUUGGUAUAAAGAAAGCCAUUACAGUAAACAUUGCUGUGGGUUUCACAUACUUCAUGAUCUACAUGUCCUACGCGCUGUCCUUCUGGUAUGGCAGCACUUUGAUUUUCGCUGGAGAGUAUGACAUUGGAAACCUUCUGACCGUCUUUUUUGCUGUUGUGAUUGGAGCAUUUGGCCUUGGCCAGACCUCUCCUAACAUUCAAGCGUUCUCUAGUGCACGAGGGGCUGCUCACAAGGUUUUUACCAUCAUUGAACAUAAACCCAGCAUCAACAGUUUCUCAGAUGAAGGAUACAAACCUGACGUGGUCAAAGGAAACAUCGAGUUCAAAGACAUUCACUUCAGCUACCCCUCACGGCAGGAUGUGAAAGUUCUUCAUGGCAUGAAUCUGAAGAUCAGCAGUGGACAGACUAUUGCUCUCGUAGGCAGCAGCGGUUGUGGUAAAAGUACAACAGUCCAACUGAUUCAGCGCUUCUACGACCCCCAAGAAGGAGCAGUGAGUAUAGAUGGCCAUGACAUUCGCACACUGAACGUGCGCUGUCUGAGGGAGAUGAUUGGCGUUGUGAGUCAGGAGCCUGUACUUUUUGCCACCACAAUUGCGGAGAACAUUCGAUAUGGCCGUCAGGAUGUGACGCAGGAGGAGAUAGAGCAGGCCACGCGUGAGGCCAAUGCCUAUGAUUUCAUCAUGAAACUUCCUGAUAAAUUUGAGACUCUGGUUGGAGACAGAGGCACUCAGAUGAGCGGAGGACAGAAACAACGAAUUGCCAUCGCCCGUGCUCUUGUGCGCAAUCCUAAGAUCCUUCUGUUGGAUGAGGCAACAUCAGCUCUGGACACAGAAAGUGAGGCUAUUGUACAAGCAGCCCUGGAUAAGGUGAGACUUGGUAGGACGACUAUCAUAGUGGCCCACCGUUUGUCAACUAUCCGCAACGCCGAUGUAAUCGCUGGAUUUCAAAACGGGGAAGUCGCAGAAAUCGGCACACAUGAGGAACUGAUGGAGAAAAAGGGAGUCUACCACUCAUUGGUCACUAUGCAGACGUUUAAGAGCACAGAAGGCACAGAGAUGACCACAGAGGAGGAAGGGCUGGAUGAGAAGAGCCCGUCUGCCACUUCUAUGACGGAACGCACUCUCUACAGACAGAAAUCCAAGAGUUUUUCAGAGAAAGACCAGGAGGACACACACAAAGAUUCAGUACAAGAGGAAAAAGUCCCAGAAGUAUCAUUUUUUAAAGUACUGAGACUGAAUAAAAAAGAAUGGCCCUAUAUAGUGGUGGGCCUCAUCUGUGCUGUCAUCAAUGGAGGCCUGCAACCUGCUUUUGCUGUUAUCUUCUCCAAAAUCAUUGCUGUAUUUGCCGAGGUAGACGAGAACGUUAAAAGGGAAAGGGCGAAUCUCUUCUCAUUGCUGUUUGCUGUCAUAGGGGUGGUUUCCUUCGUCGCUCUUUUCUUACAGGGUUACUGUUUUGGUAAAGCUGGUGAGAUUCUAACCAUGAGACUGAGGUACAGAGCCUUUAAGUCCAUGAUGAGACAGGACCUGGGUUGGUAUGAUGACCCUAAGAAUAGUGUGGGAGCACUGACCACCAGGCUGGCCACAGACACUGCUCAAGUGCAGGGUGCAACAGGGCUGAGAUUGGCCACAUUGGCUCAGAACGUAGCCAACCUUGGCACCGCAAUCAUCAUUUCGUUUGUGUACGGCUGGCAGCUCACCCUCCUCAUCCUUUCCAUUGUACCCAUUAUGGCUGUAGCAGGGGCUAUCCAGAUGAAGUUAUUAGGAGGCCAUGCCACAAAGGACAAGAAGGAGUUAGAGCAAGCUGGAAAGAUCGCUACAGAAGCCAUCGAAAAUAUCCGCACGGUCGUGUCACUGACCAGAGAGAGGAAGUUUGAGACACUUUACCAGCAGAACCUAGUUGUACCAUACAAAAAUGCUCAGAAGAAAGCACAUAUAUUUGGCUUUACAUUCUCCUUCUCCCAAGCUAUGAUCUACUUCGCCUAUGCGGGCUGCUUCAAGUUCGGCUCGUGGCUCAUCGAGCAGAAAAUGAUGACAUUUGAAGGUGUUUUUCUCGUAAUAUCAGCUGUAAUAUAUGGAGCCAUGGCGAUGGGAGAAGCCAACUCCUUUACUCCAAACUACGCCAAGGCAAAGAUGUCAGCUUCUCAUAUCCUAAUGCUCAUCGGUCGAGUGCCAGCAAUCGACAACGACUCAGAGGAGGGAGAAAAGCCGGAUCACUUCGAAGGGAACGUACGUUUUCAGAAAGUGAUGUUUAGAUACCCGUCACGGCCAGAUGUGAAUGUACUGCAGGGUCUGCAGCUCCGGGUGAAGAAGGGUCAGACCCUCGCUCUGGUGGGGAGCAGCGGCUGUGGCAAAAGCACCACCAUUCAGCUGCUGGAAAGAUUUUAUGAUCCACUACAAGGCACAGUGAUGCUGGACGAUAAGGACACCAGACAGCUAAACAUCCACUGGCUGCGCUCUCAGAUAGGAAUCGUAUCCCAAGAGCCUGUGCUAUUUGACUGCAGCCUGGCCGAGAACAUCGCAUACGGAGAUAACAGCAGGCAGGUCACUCAGGAGGAGAUUGAACAAGCUGCCAAGGCAGCCAAUAUACACUCCUUCAUAGCAGGGCUUCCUCAGCAAUACCAGACUCAGGCAGGUGAUAAAGGCACUCAACUGUCAGGUGGACAGAAGCAGCGUAUCGCUAUCGCUAGAGCCAUCCUGCGCAACCCCAAACUGCUGCUACUGGACGAGGCUACGUCAGCUCUCGACACAGAAAGUGAAAAGAUCGUACAGGAGGCCUUGGAUAAGGCUCGUGAGGGUCGUACCUGCAUCAUAGUGGCUCACCGGCUGUCCACCAUCCAGAACGCUGAUGUUAUUGCCGUGUUUCAGAACGGCGUGGUGGUAGAGGAGGGCACGCACAAACACCUACUCAACCAGCAAGGAGUUUACUACACCCUCAUCAAUUCCCAAAUGGGUUACAGCAAAUAGGCAACAGCUUGUAAGUUUUCAGUCGCAAAGAACGACAUCGUUGAUCUUAACGUUUUAGACGAUCUGUUAAUAUCCAAGACAGGAUAUAGUCGUAUAUGAGAGUUCUGCGUAGAUGUUUUUCAACUGUAAUAGAUGUAGUAAAUGAAAAACCAGGGGAAAGAAUAGGCACUACUGAAGAUGUUAAUACUUUUAAAGUAACGUUUGUACACUGUAUAUUUACUCAGUUCUAACUUGGUUCGGAUUCGUAACGAGUUACAGUCUUUAAUGCAACUAACACCAUUUAUUGAAAAUAACAAUUUCGCCACAGUCAUAAUGAUGGGAACAGAUAUAGGAAUAAAAAGAAUCUUUGACUACUUUGUGUUUGGCAAAUAAUUAUGACUGAUAGAUAUUUAUACAAUUAAUAAAGCCUUAUUUAAAAAAAACAAAAAAACAACAGUUUUCAAGUAGAAAAAUACAAGAACUUGCAUUUCUGCGCUGAAGUUCAGUGAUGGCACUGUAUUGUGUUCUAUAUAGGGCACAAAUCAUUUUAUACUGGCUGUCUACUGUUUUGUCUUGAAAUAAAUUUCAUCACUUAUUUACA